ACAGCGGGUGAGGUGAGGCGGCCAUGGCCUGCUCCCCGCGGCGGAAGAGGAAGCGGGGACCGGUCGGUGGGCGCUGAGGUGACCCCAAAAUCGGGACCCCCAAAACCGGGACCCCCGUCCCCCCCCCCCAUCGGCCCCGAUGGGGCCCCCGAGGCGGCCGGGACCGCUGCUACCGCUGCUGCUGUGGGGCUUGCUGCUCGCGACCCCGGUCUCUGCUCAGGAAGGGAUCCUUCGUGCAUUUGGAAGUGGUAGUCCAGUGCCGUCGAAGAACUACUGUAUGAUCUACAAUCCCCAGUGGACAACUUUCCCCGAUUCUCUGGAAAAUGCAACGUCCUUCGCUUUGGAGAACCUGACGGCCACACAGCUCUGCAACUCCUCCGCCGUUCCUCCCGGUAGCAUCAAAGACAAAGCGGUGGUGGUAAUGAGAGGGAGCUGCCUCUUUCUGGAAAAAGCAAGGAUCGCCCAAAGCAGAGGAGCUAAAGUCUUGCUGAUUGCGAGCAACACCGCACUAUCUCCUCCCUCAGGUAACAAAACUGAAUUUAGUGAUGUGACGAUACCCAUCGCACUCGUAAGAUACGGAGAUGUUGAAAACAUGCAGCAGACUUUUGGAAAUAACAUCUCCGUGAAACUUUACUCACCACCGUUGCCUGAAUUUGACUACAGUAUGGUGGUCAUCUUUCUAAUUGCUGUACUGACCGUGGCCUUAGGAGGUUAUUGGAGUGGCGUCUCAGAAUUUGAGGAAAUGAAAGCCGCGACCGACCCCGAAGAAAGAGAGACGAGGCGAAAGAAGGAAGAAAACGUGACUUUCACGCCGCUCACGGUUGUGAUAUUUGUGGUCAUCUGUUGUGUGAUGCUGGUCUUACUUUAUUUCUUCUACAAAUGGUUGGUGUACGUGAUCAUAUCCGUUUUCUGCUUGGCCUCCGCGAUGAGCCUGUACAACUGCCUUGCUGCAUUAAUUAGACAAGUACCGUUUGGACAAUGCAGAAUUCCAUGCUGCAACAAACACCUUGAAGUGAGGCUUAUUAUCCUCGCUGGGUUUUGCAUAGCUGUAGCUGUCGUUUGGGCUGUGUUUCGGAAUGAAAACGGGUGGGCUUGGGUAUUACAAGACAUCCUGGGCAUCGCAUUCUGCCUCAAUUUCAUCAAAACCCUGAAAAUGCCCAACUUUAAGUCAUGCGUGAUUCUGCUAGGCCUUCUCCUCAUCUAUGAUGUGUUUUUCGUUUUCAUAACACCAUUCAUCACAAAGAACGGGGAGAGUAUCAUGGUUGAAGUCGCGGCCGGACCUUUCGGGAACAGCGAAAAGAAUGAUGGAAACUUGGUGGAUGCCACAGCUCAGCCCUCAGCUCCCCAUGAGAAAUUGCCGGUGGUCAUCAGGGUGCCGAGGCUGGUGUUCUCCGCGCAAACCCUGUGUGUCAUUCCCUUCUCGUUACUGGGCUUUGGCGACAUCAUCGUGCCGGGCUUGUUGGUUGCCUAUUGUCGGAGAUUUGAUGUCCAGACUGGUUCUUCUUCGGUCUACUACGUGUCCUGCACAAUUGCGUACGCCCUGGGCAUGGUGCUCACCUUCGUGGUGCUGGCCCUGAUGAAGAAAGGGCAGCCGGCCCUGCUCUAUCUGGUCCCCUGCACCCUCCUCACCGCGUCGUUCGUCGCCUGGCGACGCAAGGAAAUGAAGAAGUUCUGGAAAGGGAGCAACUACCAGAUGAUGGAGCACUUGGACUACCCAGCCAAUGAAGAAAAUGGCGGGCCAACCAAUGAACAGACCGACGGACAACGAUAUUAGGUAGCCCCACCAGAAAGCGUUUCAUUUUUUUUCUACGAACAGACUGAAAAGUUUAAUUUUUUAAUUGAAUUUUUAAUUGAACUUAAAUGAAUCCUCAAUAAAUCUUUCGUGCUUGCGUAUAUAUUUUUACGAGCGGCUACUGUCGACAGACCGCGCACGAUGAAAACGUAUUUUGCUUUCCAAUGGCCAAGAUGUCGAGUAAAAUGGUGCCUUCACAGUAAAUAAAAGUAUAUUGUCCAUGAGAUUUUCCA